ACGGGCCAGCGUGAGCGGCGAGCUGGGCAUGCGUGGCGUGCGUGGCGCGCUGCCCUGGAAGCGUUAAACCUGCGAGGUGUGCGGGCGAGUUGAUCGGUGAGAGGCUUCGGCAGCCAUGGCUCCCAACGUGCCCGCGGCCCAGCCGGCCCAAGAGUACCCUAAAGGCAUCCGGGCCGUGCUGCUGGGGCCGCCCGGGGCCGGCAAGGGUACCCAGGCACCCAAAUUGGCUGAAAACUUCUGUGUCUGCCAUUUGGCUACUGGGGACAUGCUGAGGGCCAUGGUGGCUUCUGGCUCUGAGCUGGGAAAAAAGCUAAAGGCAACUAUGGAUGCCGGGAAGCUGGUGAGCGAUGAAAUGGUUGUGGAGCUCAUUGAGAAAAAUUUGGAGACCCCUGCAUGCAAAAAUGGUUUUCUUCUGGAUGGCUUCCCUCGGACUGUGAGGCAGGCAGAAAUGCUUGAUGACCUCAUGGAGAAGAGGAAAGAGAAGCUUGAUUCUGUGAUUGAAUUCAGCAUCCCAGACUCUCUGCUGAUCCGGAGAAUCACAGGAAGGCUGAUUCACCCCGCAAGUGGCCGUUCCUACCAUGAGGAGUUCAACCCCCCAAAGGAGCCCAUGAAAGAUGAUGUCACCGGGGAACCUUUGAUCCGCCGAUCAGAUGAUAAUGAGAAGGCCUUGAAAAUCCGCCUGGAGGCUUACCACACUCAGACUACCCGGCUGGUGGAGUACUACAGUAAACGGGGGAUCCACUCGGCCAUCGACGCAUCCCAGACCCCUGAUGUCGUGUUUGCAAGCAUCCUGGCAGCCUUCUCCAAGGCCACAUCCUAGUAACAGAAGGCCAGGCGAGACUGCACCACUGCUCAUCACCCUGCGGCAUGAUCCCUGCUCUUAGGUGCUGGGCAGAGGGGAGGGGUGGUCAGGGUGAGGAUGGAGAGGGAGGACUGGGAAGAGCAGCAGUGUUGUAGUGAGCGAUUUCUUUUACAGAGAGUAGGAGUCUUCAAAAGUAUAAGCAAAGGGGAAAUUUAAUGUUUUAAAACACCGAUUGGAGGGUAUAAAUAGAAACAGGGAGAUGCAACAUUCUUUCUAAGGAAUCAUGUUUUCAUUUACUCUGGACUGGUGACAAUAUUUUUUAAAGCCAGUGCCCUAAUACCUCAGCUUUUAUCAGAACCUCUUGCCAGCCCAGGAGUGCAGGAAAUUAACACGGCUGUCCUGCCUGUCCUGUAGCUUGAAACAGGGUAGGAGUUGACUACUAACCCUGGUUCCCUACUGUGAGAUCAAGCUGUCAUCUCCACACUUGAAAGAGAUAUGGAGUGUGUUCAUGAGGGCAGUGGCUCAGCAAAUCAAGUUUACUGGAGUCGUGCGGCAGUUGGGGCAGGCUGGUCUCGCUCCCUUCCCGACUCACCACUGAUUUACCAGCACACCUGCUCUCGUGGGUAAGCUCUUGGCAGCCACCCAGCACAUGCCACAGUCCUACACUUUUGCCUUCCUCCAUCCGUGAUGUGUGAAGAGACCCUUUUUAAUAAAUGAGCAAGUGUCCUAAACAACAUGUUCCAAAGAUUAUCCUUCCGAUCCUCAAAUUCUGUGACUGGGAUCACUCAACAGCACUGUGAUGUAUUGUUUCCAAUGAGGUGCCUUUCUUAACUGUCCAAAUGCUGCCUUGUUUGGCCCCUAAAUCAAUAAAGUGUGUUAAAAAUUUGUA